GGGGUCUGCCCGGCCAAGCGCCCAUGCGGGGACUGCCGGGGCCGGUACGACGGUGUCCAUUCAGUGCCCCAGUGCCUGGACUGUGCCCGGUUCAACACCUGCCAGGACUGUCUGCAGCACUUCGAGUGCGGCUGGUGCGGGAACACGGACAACCCCACGCUGGGCAGCUGCCUGCAGGGUGAUUUCUCCGGCGUGGGCGGCUUUCCCAACUGCUCGGUGGUGCUGUGGGAGAGCCAUGGGCUGCCCCCCGCCCAGCCAGCCACCUGGUCCUACGGGCAGUGCCCCGACGUGGACGAGUGCCGGCUGGGCCUGGCUCGCUGCCACCCCUUCGCCAGCUGCCGCAACACGCCCCAGGCCUACGAGUGCCGCUGCCAGCGUGGCUACGCCGGCGACGGCACCAGCCACUGCAACCAGACGUGCUACGAGGAGUGCGGGCAUGGGCGGUGCAGCGGUCCCCCCGACUACACGUGCGAGUGCGACCUGGGCUGGACGUCGGGGCUGGGUGCCGGGGGCAACGGCAGUGCGGGGGGGGCCCAGUGCAGCGUGGAUUGUGGCUGCCACUUCCACAGCAGCUGCGAGGCCGGGGAGCCCGGGGUGUGCGAUGAGUGCCAGGAUUGGACCCACGGCGAGCACUGCCACCUCUGCCGGCCCGGCAGCUUCGGCGACGCCACGAGCCCGGCUGGGUGCCAGGCAUGUGAGUGCAACGGGCACGGCCUGCCCGAGCUGGGCCACUGCCACGGGGCCACGGGGGCCUGCUACUGCGCCCCCCCUGCCGAGGGACCCCACUGCGAGCGCUGCGCUGCCGGGUUCUAUGGGGACCCCAGGAACAUGGGCACCUGCUACCGGGCGUGUGAGGGGCGCUCGCUGCUGGCCAACCUCUCAGGUUCGGGGUCCUUGGGCUCCCGGCGGGCGGGGGGUGUGCCUGGGGACCUGGCCCACUGCGUGUGGGUGCUGUCGGUCUCGCCUGGCCUGGAACCCUGCCCGCCUGCCCAGCCCUGCCCCACCAUCAGCCUGACCCUGCAGCCCGACCUCAGCACCCCCUGCAUGCACAGCUACGCCUACGCCUUCGACGGGCUGCCGGCCUUCCUGGACAGUGGGGAGAUCCAGGCCGACCGGACCCUCAUCAGCGCCUUUUGCGGGCAGGGCCGUGCACAGCCUCUCACCGUGGAGGCCACGUCAGGGCUGCUGGUUCUGUACUACGAGGCAAACUCUAGCGAGGCCUCAGGAUUCAAUGCCACCUUUGUGGUGCAUCGCUGCCAGCCCGGCUGCCGGCCCACCCAGGAGUGCUGGGGUGGGCGCUGCAUGUGCCGGGGGGGCUACGCCGGACCCCACUGCCAGCUGCGGGUCUGCCCUGGGAACUGCUCCGCCCACGCCGGCCAGGGCGUCUGCAACACGAGUCUGGGUCUCUGCAUCUGUGGUGACGGGUUUGGGGGCGCGGAUUGUUCGGUGCCGCUGGACCCGGGGAAGAUCGUCUGGGAGACGCUGAUUGACAGCCAGCUGAUGCCAGACACGGCCAGCCGGUUCCUGCACCGCCUGGGCCACACCAUGGUGGAAGGGCCAGAGGCCACGCUCUGGAUGUUCGGGGGCCUGUCCCUGCGCCAGGGGCUGCUGGGCAACGUCUACAGGUACUCCAUCCCUGAGCGCCGCUGGACCCAGAUGCUGGCAGGGACGGAGGAUGGGGGGCCGGGGCCCAGCCCCCGCUACUUCCACGCCGCAGCCUACGUGCCGGCGCGCCAGGCCAUGGUGGUGCUGGGGGGGCUGACGGCCGGCGGCGUCGCCAGCGACUGCUGGGUGCUCAACCUCACCACCCUGCAGUGGAGACAAGAGCAGGACCCCCUGCUCCCGGCAGUGGCGGGACACACAGUGACCCCCCGGCGCGGCAUUUCCCUGCUGCUCAUCGGUGGCUACUCCCCGGCCGACGGCUUCAACAAGCAACUGCUGGAGUACGGUGUGGAGAGCGAACGCUGGCAGGCGGGGACGGCGGCCGGGACUCCCCCCACAGGUCUGUAUGGGCACUCGGCUGUGUACCAUGAGGGGACAGAUGCCGUGUACGUUUUUGGGGGGCAGCGUUUCCACGUGGAGACGGUGUCGGCUUCCGCCGAACUCUACAGCCUGCACUGCCCCAGCCGGACCUGGAGCCUGCUGGCCCCCGCCCAGGGCCGCAAGCCGCUGUCUCACUUUUUCCACGCGGCUGCCGUGCUGCGGGACACCAUGGUGGUGGUUGGGGGCCGCACGGAGACCAAGGACUUCACCAGCCACCUGCUGCUUUACCAGCUCAACUGCAACACCUGGAUCCUGCCCAACCAGACGGGCCCAGCGGUGGUGGACGUGCCCAUGAACGAGUCGGUGGCCCACGCGGUGGCCGCGGUCGGGGGCCGGAUCUACGUCUCCGGGGGGUUCAGCGGGGUGGCGCUGGGGCGCAUGGCUGUGCUGACGGUGCCCUCUGACCCCUGCCUCGUCUUCCCCGGCCCCGACGCCUGCAACCGCUCGAGUGCCAGCUGCACGUGGUGCCGCGACAGCUGCCUGUCCGCCGACGCCGCCGAGAGGCUGGGCUGCCCGGCCGGGGCGGCCGCCUGCUUCCCCACACCGCGGUCGGCAGACGAGUGCCGACGCCUGAGGACCUGCAGCGAGUGUCUGGCCCGGCACCCCCGUGCCAUGAGCCACAGGUCGGGCACCAUGGCGCCCCCGCAGUGCAAGUGGUGCACCAACUGCCCUGAGGGCGCCUGCAUCGGCAGCACCGGGAGCUGCACGUCGGAGAACGACUGUCGCAUUAACCAGCGUGAGAUCUUCGUGGCCAGCAACUGCUCGGAGAUCUCGUGUGAGGCAGCUGACUGCCCGGCCUGCACCGCCUCGGGCAAGUGCAUGUGGACGCGCCAGUUCAAACGCACCGGCGAGACGCGGCGCAUCCUGAGCGUGCAGCCCACCUACGACUGGACAUGCUUCAGCCACUCGCUGCUCAACGUCUCCCCUAUGCCCGUGGAGUCCUCGCCCCCCCUGGCCUGCCCCACACCCUGCCACAACCACAGCUCCUGCCACGCCUGCCUCAGCUCCAAGGGGGCCGAUGGGGGCUGGCAACACUGCAUCUGGAGCGUCAGCCUGCGCCAGUGCAUGAGCCCCACCUUCCUGCCCAUGCGGUGUCUGGCAGGGCUGUGUGGGCGGGUACUGAGAGGGACCGAGAGCUGCACCCCCCCCUGCGCCCGUGCUCUGCAAUGCGCCCGCUGCACCCGCCAGCCCCGCUGCGGCUGGUGCGGCCGCCCCGGUGAGAAUGGCCACGGGCGCUGCCUGGAGGGGGGCCUGGGCGGGCCCCGGCAUGGGCUGGCGCAGGCCUGCGGGCCGGGGACCACCUGGUCCUUCCUGUCGUGCCCCCCGGAGAAUGAGUGUCUGAAUGGGCACCACGACUGUAAUGAGACGCAGACCUGCCACGACCGGCCCCACGGCUACGAGUGCGCCUGCAAGGCCGGCUACACCCUGCACAACACCUCGGGGCUGUGUCGGCCGGUCUGCCAGCAGGGCUGCGUGAACGGGACGUGCGUGGAGCCCAACCGGUGCCGCUGCCACUUCGGCUACGUGGGCGAGAACUGCUCGGUGGAGUGUCGGUGCAACCGGCACAGUGACUGCGCCGGCGUCGGGGCGCGGGACCAGUGCCUGGAGUGCGCCAACCACACCAUGGGGGCGCACUGUGAGAAGUGCCGGCCGCUCUUCGUGGGCUCGGCACUGAAUGGGGGAACCUGCCGGCCCUGCCGCGCGUUCUGCCGCGGGAACAGCGACGUCUGCAUGUCCCGUGAGGAGCUGGGGGCUGCCCGGCGGGACCCCGCCCGCUUCCCGCUGGAGCCUUCCCUGGUCCCCAGCUGGGUGACCGAGGGGCCGGCCGAGGACGUGGCCGUCUGCGUGAGCUGCCAGAACAACAGUUUUGGGGAGAAGUGUGAGAGCUGCCUGCAUGGCUACUUCCUGCUGGAGGGCAGGUGCACCCGGUGCCAGUGUAACGGCCACGCAGACACGUGUAACGAGCUGGACGGGACGGGCUGCCCCUGCCAGAACAACACAGAGACGGGCCCCUGCCAGAACAGCGCCCAGGCUGACAAGAAAGACUGCUACAAGUACCAGUGCGCCAAGUGCCGGGACUCGUUCCACGGGGCGCCGGUCGGGGGACUCCAGUGCUACCGGCUCAUCUCGGUGGAGCAGGAGUUCUGCUUCGACCCCACCUCGCAGAGCAACUGCUUCCACCAGCCCAACCUGCAGCACCUGGCGCGCGGCCGCACCGUGCUCUUCGGGGUGCAGCCCAAGUUCACCAACGUCGACAUCCGCAUCACCGUGGACGUCACCUUCGGCGCCAUCGACCUCUUCGUCUCGCCUGCCUACGACACCUUCGCGGUGGAGGUGGACCGGGCCACGGGGGUGCACGCCGUGCGGGUGCUGGCGCCGGGUGGGGCCGAGGGGGGGCCCAACGGCACGGCCCCACCCCGGAUGCGGGAGGAGCGCCCCCGCGGGCUCAUCACGUACCUGACGGUGCGGGAGCCGCAGGCCGUUCUGGUGGUGCGAGGCGUGCGAGACCGGCUGGUGGUGACCUACCCGCACGAGCUGCACGCGCUGAAGUCCAGCCGCUUCUACCUGCUGCUGCUGGGGGUGGGCGGCGGCGGGCACGGCGGCGCCUCGCAGGGGCUGCUCUUCUUCCGGCAGGACCAGGCCCACAUCGAUCUCUUCGUCUUCUUCUCCGUCUUCUUCUCCUGCUUCUUCCUCUUCCUCUCGGCCUGCGUCCUGCUCUGGAAGGCCAAGCAGUGCCUGGACCUGCGGCACGAGCAGCACCGCCAGCUGCAGGAGAUGACCAAGAUGGCCAGUCGCCCCUUCGCCAAGGUCACCGUCUGCUUCGAGCCGGAGCCCGGGCCCCCGGCCGCCGAGCGGCUCUUCCUGCCAGCCCGGCCCCACAAGCCGCCCGCCCCCCCGGCCCGCCUCAAGCCCUACCCCGAGGCCCCCUACGCAGCCCACCUCCGCCGCUCCGAGCCCUUCCUGGCUCAGCUGCUGGGCUGCUCCUGCCCCUACCCCAGCCCCAGCUUCCGCGUGGGCCCCGUCACGCUGGAGCCCACAGAGGACGGCAUGGCCGGCGUGGCCACCGUGCUGCUCCAGCUGCCUGGUGGCAACCAGGCCCCCAACCGCUCCUGCCUGGGCUCCGCCCUGGUCACCCUGCGCCACAACCUGCAGGACUAUUGCGGGGGUGGGAGCCACGGGGCUGGCGGCGUCCGUAAGGGGCUGCUGAGCCAUGACAACCUCACCAGCAUGUCGCUGUGACACCCCCCCCCCCGCCCCGGGUCGCUGGGACUGGCUGGGCCCCCUCCCCCUGGCAUGUCACCAGGAUCGGCCUGGAGCCCCCCCACCCGCCAGCCUGUUGCUGUAACUGGCCAGAACCCCACACCUGGCCAUCGUGGGCACCACAGGGAUUGGGGCCCCUCCGCAUGUUACUGUGAGCUGCCAGGGGGGUAGGCCCCAGACACUGCCCCCUUCCCCCCUCCCUGUGACCUGCCAGAACCCCACACCUGGCCAUCGUGGGCACCACAGGGAUUGGGGCCCCUCAACAUGUUACUGUGAGCUGCCAACGGGGCAGGCCCCAGACACUGCCCCCUUCCCUCCCCCCCAUGACCUACCAGAACCCCACACCUGGCCAUCGUGGGCACCACAGGGAUUGGGCCCCCUCGACGUUACUGUGAGCUGCCAGGGGGCAGGCCAGACACUGCCCCCUUCCUCCCCCCCCCCGUGUGGACGCCAGGCCUGGGGCUGGGCAGCCUGAGGACAGACUCUUAGGUUGCAGCAGCUGCCUGGGGGGCACCUGGACCCUCCCCCCAUGAACGGGGGACUAUGUCCAACCUGACACCCGCCACCCCUCCGGCUCUAGGGGGCCGGUGGUGCCUGGGGGCCUUUGUUCCUCCAGUGACUGUUCGGUUAAUUCCUGUAUUGAAGGGGGAAGAUGCCUCCCCUGCGUGGGGAAUAAAGUGACCAGCUGGUGC